CACGGCGGCAGGGUCAUGCUGCUUAUCUAACGAUCACGUUUCCUAUGACGCGGUGCCCGACCAGAACUAAGUUAGACUCCAGCUCAUUCGGAAUGGGCAAUCUACAUAAACAGGGGUCUCGCACACUCCUGACUGACAUUGAAACGCUAAGCAUCGGCGCAAAGCUCCCGCGUAGGAUAUAAGGAACUCUCGUUCACCAGUCCUCCCAAAAACAUCCGCGCGAUGGCUAGCUUACCUCUCAGAUCCGUUGACAAGUUCUCUGUGACUUUCGUCGUUGACAAUUGCAUAGAAUGGAUGACGAAGUUGCCUCCGGGCUUCACCCAUGAAAUGAAGCAGCACCUCUCACAUAACCCUCCGGUGGACGAUGUCACCGGGGCGCCUUUCGUGGAUCUGGAGAAUUGCUGCUGCGGCGCGCAUGGGUUCUCAGCUCUCAUCGAGACGCAAAUCGAGGGCGAGGCGGCGCACUUCACGCUCUUCGACACAGGCCCAGACUCGCGCGCGAUCGCGCGGAACGUCGCCGCGUUGCAGGUCGACACGCACAAGGUCGAGCGGAUCGUCCUCUCGCACUGGCACGCCGAUCACAGCGGCGGGAUGCUCUCUUUCCUUCGCAUCCGCGCGCAGGAGGCCUGCCGCUCGCCGUGCGUCGUCGACCUGCACCCAGACCGCCCCGUCGCGCGCGGCAUCUCCGUCCAGGGGAAGGUCAUCGGACGGAUGCCCAAUGACCCGACGUUCGACGAGAUCCGUCAGCUCGGCGGUGUGCCGGAGACACAUGCGGAGGGGCAUGCGGUAGCGGGUAGCACGGUGUGGGUCAGCGGUGAGAUCCCGAGGGUGACAGAGUUCGAGACAGGGUUACCCGGCGCGGUGAGGUGGACCGAGCAAGAGGGAAAGACGGAUUGGGUACCCGAAGAGCAUAUCAUGGACGAAAGAUACGCUGCCAUCGAUGUUGCCGGUAAGGGGCUGGUACUCUUCUCUGCUUGCUCCCAUGCUGGUAUAGUCAACGUGGUCAAGGAUGCGGUAGCGAAGUUCUCGAGGCCGAUCUAUAUGAUCAUCGGUGGAUUGCAUCUUGCAGGGACUGACCUCGUGCCACGCAUCGAGCCCACGGUGGAAUUCCUGGCCAACAAGCUGCGCCCGGCACCAACGUACGUGCUGCCGAUGCAUUGCAGUGGUUUCGCGGCCAAGGUAGCGUUGGAGCAUGCGCUGGGCGAGGGGUGUGUCCCUGCCGGCGUAGGUCAUAAGUUUGAGGUGACUGGGGAUCGUGAAGCGGAAAAGCACGUCUUUCCUCCGUCUGUUCAAUAAGCCAGAGAGGUCUGCCCUGAUGUCGAACCACCAGUCUGAAUUUGUGUAUCUCUGUAACGUACAGGGCGGAAUAUAGAUUGUACAGUGCAGUCACCACCAAGGAGUACACCAUCUCAUACGGAAGGGGAAU